CCCCGCGACUCACUGGCAGAUUUUCAGUGGCAUCGGUUAUCCGCUGAUCUGUUUCACAGGAACCAAUGGCUUCAACAGCUUCUUUCGUAACCGUUCUGGCCCUGAUAGCGACACCGUCGCUGGCCCAGGUCGGCAGCACCGGACCCUGUCCCAACGUCACACUCGUCUCAAACUUCGACGCAGCUGCUUACCUGGGGAAAUGGUAUGAGCAGUACCGCUACUUCGCCAUCUUCGAGGGGGACGGCGAGUGUGUGACCGCCACAUACACUGACAAUGGGGACGGCACCGUUGGAGUCGAAAACGCCAUGAUUGACCCAGAAACGGGCGAUCCAGAAAUCAUCAAUGGACAAGCCAGUGUGGAUGGGAACACAACGGAAGGUCGCCUGGUCGUUAUCUUCCCACAGACCGGUUCAUUUGAGGCGCCAUACUGGAUUCUCGACACGGACUACGGGAACUACUCCGUGGUCUGGUCGUGUGUCGAUAUUGGAGGGGCGGCUAACAUGCAGUUCUCGUGGCUGCUCACAAGAGAAAAAUACCCCACCGACGAACUCAUCCAAAAUAUGUUCUCUGUUAUGACAACGAAUGGUCUGGACACUGAGAGACUGAGAAAAACAAACCAAACCUGUGAAAAUUGAUUAUUGGUGAUGAAGGUUCCUAGGAUGAUGGAGUACAUUUAAUUAGUGUUAUAAUCAUUAUAUCUAAUGCUUUGUAACGCCAGAUAAAUGUAAUGAGACUAUCACAGAAUGUGAAAGUUGUAUGUGACAUUAAUUAAACGACAUUUGAUGAACAGAAUGUGAAAGUUUUUGUAUGUGACAUUAAUUAAAUCACUUAUAAUGAG